UAGCAAGCACCUAUCUUUCACCACCAGCAAAUCCUUCCAUACCCGACAUUGGAUUGCUUUGAUAACAAACAGUUCGGUGUAGUUUUAUUUAUAAACGGUUUGUUUGUUAAUGGUGUGGUGCAGUCUAGUUUAUAGUUUUUUAACAGGCGCAGACACCAACCACUAACCCAAACGAAAUAUAAAUGUAUUAUUGGAACGACCACUUGAUUGUUUUCCCUCCCACUAGAGUUGAUUCCACGAAAUUUCCAAAGUGAGAACAGGACAUUGACUAUAAAAUAAAGUACCACGAGUGAAUUCCGUCAGAGACUUGCAACUUUAGCAAAAUUCCGAUAAUAUAUUAUUUGUGGGUUAGUUGUUGACUUCCUAUGUAUGUGUUGUGCAUCUCCUCUUCUUGUUAAUCUUAUCACUUGAUGAAAUCAUUGCAUUGCCUUUUCUGAAUCACGCACCAUCUCUUGCAUUUAGUAUUUUCCUUUUGUGAGUUAGAACCUGAAAGAUGGCUGAGGCUAUACUUAAAGGUGUGCUUGGAAGUUUGAGCUCUCUCAUUGAAGAAGAUCUGGGAUUAUUUAGAGGUUUUGAUCAAGACUUGAAAAGGCUUGCCAGCUUACUCACUACUAUCAUGGCUACACUUGAAGAUGCUGAGGAGAAACAAUUUUCAAACAGAUCUAUAAAGGAUUGGUUGCAAAAGCUAAAAGAUGCAGCUCACGAGCUCGAUGACAUCAUGGAUGAAUAUGCCUAUGAAGAAUUGGGGAAGGAAUACGAAGGAGUCAAGUGUUGUCUAUCGGAAAUGGUACAAAGCUCUUUCUUAUCCUCUUUGCAUCCCAUGCAUGUUUUUUUCCGUUACAAAAUUGCUAAGAGAAUGAAAAUGGUAAGUGAGAGAUUAGAUGAAAUUGCCGAAGAAAGGAGGAAGUUUCAUUUGAUUGAGACGGUUCCGGAGAGAAGAAGUGAUGUCAUUGAGUGGCGCCAAACUAGCUCAUUUAUCACUGAACCACAAAUCUAUGGGAGAGAAGAAGAUAGGGAUAAAAUUGUAGACUUUUUGGUUCAUGUUGCUUCUCAUUCUAAAGAUUUAUCGAUUUGUCCGAUUGUUGGCCUAGGCGGACUUGGAAAAACAACAUUGGCCCAACUCAUUUACAAUCAUGAGAGGACAAUCAACCACUUUGAGCUAAGAAUUUGGGUAUGUGUUUCGGAGGAGUUCAGUUUGAAGAGAAUGACAAAAGCUAUCAUUGAAGCAGUAUCUGGGCGUGCUUGUGAGGAUUUGGAUCUAGACCCACUACAAAGAAGACUUCAAGUUUUGCUUCAAAGAAAAAGAUAUUUGCUUGUUUUGGAUGAUGUGUGGAAUGAAGAACAAGAACGUUGGCAAAGGUUGAAAUCUAUAUUGGCUUGUGGGGCUAAAGGUGCUUCCAUUUUAGUUACUACUCGUCUUCCAAAGGUUGCAGCAAUCAUGGGAACAAUGUCUCCUCAUGAAUUAUCAUUGUUAUCUAACAACGAUUGUUGGGCAUUAUUUAAACACCAUGCCUUUGGACCAAAUGAGGUAGAACAGAUGGACCUUAUGGUCAUAGGGAAGGAGAUAGCAAAGAAGUGUGGGGGAGUUCCUCUUGCUGCAAAAGCAUUAGGAGGACUUUUACGCUUCAAAAGAAAGGAAAAAGAGUGGCUCAAUGUUAAGGAAAGCAACAUGUGGAGUUUACCAGAUAAUGAAAACUCUGCAAUGCCUGCCUUGAGGUUAAGUUACUUGAACUUACCAAUAAAACUCAGACAAUGUUUUGCUUAUUGUGCAAUAUUUCCCAAAGAUAAAACAAUAAGAAAGAAGUAUUUAAUUGAACUUUGGAUGGCUAAUGGAUUCAUUUCAUCUAAUGAAAUAUUAGAUGCUGAAGAUGUUGGUGAUGGCAUGUGGAAUGAAUUAUAUUGGAGAUCAUUCUUUCAAGAUAUUGAGACAAAUGAAUUUGGUGAAGUUAUAAGUUUCAAGAUGCAUGAUCUUGUUCACGAUCUUGCACAAUUUGUUGCAGAGGAGGUUUGUUGCAUUACAAAUGACAAUGAUGUAACCACUACUUUGUCUGAAAAAAUCCACCAUCUCUCAAAUUAUGACUUGAUGUUGUCUAAUUCAAUCCAAUUACGUCAAAUAAAAUCUUUAAGGACCUAUAUACAAGAAUAUAAUUUGGACCAACUUUCUCCUCUUUUGUUAAAAUGUUAUUCUUUACGGGUGCUUGAGUUGGGAGGAAGAAACCCAUUGUCAUCUUCAAUUGGUCAUUUGAAACAUUUAAGGUACUUGAGUCUUUGUUUUUCAUACUUCACAAGUCUUCCAGAAUCGCUAUGUAAUUUGUGGAAUAUACAAAUAUUGAAAUUAGACUAUUGUCAACGUCUGCAACAGUUGCCUAACAGAUUAAUACACCUAAAAGCUCUACUACAACUAUCUUUGAGAGGUUGUGUCAAUCUAUCAAGUUUGCCUUCUCAAAUAGGGAGGCUGACUUCCCUAAAGAAUUUAAGCACGUACAUUGUUGGCAAGGAAAGAGGGUUACUUUUGGAAGAAUUAGGACAACUAAAACUUAGAGGAAAUCUUCACAUCAAGCAUAUGGGAAGAGUAAAGAGUGUGAUUGAUGCCAAAAAAGCCAAUAUGUCAAGUAAGCAAUUGAACCGAUUGUUCUUAUCAUGGGACAGAAAUGAAGAGUCUGAACUACAGGAAAAUGUUGUGCAAAUUCUUGAAGUGCUUCAACCUGAUGCCCAACAACUCAAGUCUCUAGGAGUGGGAGGAUAUAAAGGUUUCUAUUUCCCACAAUGGAUGUCUAGUCCUUCUCUCAAAUGUUUAACUUAUUUAAAAUUGGUGGAUUGCAAUUGUUUAGAGCUUCCAUCAUUGGGGAAACUACCUUCUCUAAAGAAUCUUAUGAUAUCUAACAUGAUUCAUGUAAUAUACUUACACGAGGAUUCUUAUGAUGGUGGAGUAGUUUUCAUGGCACUAGAAGUUCUAUCACUUGAGAAGCUGCCAAAUCUAACAAACUUAUUAAGGGAGUACAGGGAAAACAUGUUCCCAUGUCUCGCCAUGCUUAAAAUUACCAAAUGUCCUAAAUUGUUGGGUUUGCCGCGCCUUUCAUCUAUCAAUAAUCUACAUAUAAAAGGGAAUUGCAAUCAAGAUUUACUAAGUUCGAUUCAGAAACUCAAUAGUCUUGAAUCCCUUUGGCUCGAAGAUAAUGAAGAGUUAACAUGUUUUCCAGAUGGGAUGCUAUACAACCUUACUUCUCUAAAGAAGCUACGUUUUGAUGAGCUCCCCAAUCUUGAGGUACUCCAAAAUGAGAUUAUUAACCUUAAUGUCAUCCAAGAACUCGAUAUCUUGUAUUGUGAUAACCUCAAUUCUGUGGUAGAUGACAUAUUGCAACAAGUAUCACACUCUCUCAAGAAAUUAUCAAUUGCAGGAUGUUCUAAGUUCAAUAUAUCGUCAAGUUUUCAAUACUUAACUUGUCUUGAGAAAUUGUUGAUUAGCACAUGCAUAGAGGUGGAAGGUUUACAUGAGGCUUUACAACAUAUGACUGGCCUUCAAUCAUUAGAAUUACGUAAUCUUCCAAAUCUAGAAUCCUUACCUGACUGCUUUGGUAACCUUGCCUUGCUUCACGAAUUAACUAUUUGUUAUUGCUCCAAGUUGAUGUGUCUUCCAACAAGUCUAAGGCUAAGUAGUCUGGAAAGAUUAACAAUUUAUGGUUGUCCUGAAUUAGAGAAGCGAUGUCAAAAAGAAACAGGAGAGGACUGGCCAAAAAUAGCUCACAUUCCCUAUACUAAUUUCGAUGAAGAGGUCUAUCUGAAGAUUCCCACAGAUCGUCUUUAAAGAUUCCGGUGCUUCUUCUUCUUUGGUUAAGUUCACAAUGAAGUCUAGACUAUAAGCUUUGUCAAACUUGUAGCAUCUUCAUAUAUUUUUAUUUUUCCUCCUUUGUUUAUUUUAUUUGACCUCCCACAAUAUUUUUAUCAAUGUAUUAAAAAAAAGUGGAAUUGCAUUUUUUGCUUCUUUAUUUGAUUUUUCCUGUCUUAUCAAUGCAUUCAAAAUUGUGUAUUAAAGUUUGUUAACAACUUAAAGAGGAAAUCAGAGGAAAG